GCGCGCAUCCGCGACAAUCAACGACGUUCGCGCGCUCGUCGGAAAGAGUAUUUACAAGAGCUGGAAGAGAAAUACCGUCACUGCGAGCAGAUGGGCGUGGAAGCGUCGGCCGAGAUCCAGGCCGCCGCACGAAAGGUCCUGGACGAAAAUAAAAAGCUGCGCGCCAUUCUGCAACAGCGUGGGUUGUCG